AUGGCUGACGACCGAGGCCCUCAGUUGAUGGGAGUCCUCGUAGCUCUCUUCGUCACGUCCGCAAUAAGCGGCGCCCUCCGCUUCUACACGCACGGCGUCAUCAUCAAGCGAUUCUUCGCCGAGGACCACGUCACCAUCGUCGCGCUGCUACUCUACGUCGCGUACACGAUAGUCGGCGUCCUGGGGGUCACUCACGGACUGGGCAAGCACACCGUCCAUGUGCCGGCGGCCGAUCGGCCCGCGGCCAUCAUGUACAGGUGGCUCGCGUCGCUCUUCUACAUCGUCAUAUCGCUCCUGACCAAGUGGAUCGUGGGCCUGUUUCUGCUGCGCAUCUGCCCGCACCGGCGCUGGCGGCAGGUCACCAUCUGGACCAUCCUGGCGUCCGUCACCGUCUUCAGCAUCCUGUACUUCUUCUUCGACCUCUUCGCCUGCCAGCCCAUCCAGUACCAGUGGCUGCGCUACGAUGCCGAUGCCGAUCCAGCGGACGGGACCUGCAACGCCACAACCUUUGCCACCGUCACGUCGUACAUCGCCGCGGUGCUCAACAUCGUCGCCGACUGGGCGCUGCCGGCUCUCCCCGCCACGCUGGUGUGGAAGUCGCAAAUCGAGCGCCGGAUGAAGGUCUCCAUCAUUGCCCUGCUGUGCCUGGGCUCGACGGCUUCCAUCGCAACCAUUGUGCGGAUACCGUACGCGGACGGUAUCCUGGACAACCCAGACUACCUGUACACGUUUACCGACCUCGGCAUCUGGAGCACGGUGGAGAUUGGAGUCGCCCUGACGGCCUCGAACCUCGCCACGCUGAAGCCGCUGCUGCGCAAGCUGCGCGUUUUCGACAGCAUAUCCGGCAUCACGCAGUAUGGCUCCAAGAGCCGACACGCGACGGGCGGUGCAAACGCCGCCUCGGGGCGAAGCGCUGCCAGCCGGUCCAAGUCCUUCGUCAGCGGCAACAACCACAUCGUCAUCACUGGAGCAGCCUCCAGUCACGACCCACGCGGGCACAGAUGGAGUCUCAGAGAGUCCAUGGAGCUGGAGCUGGUGGACAGGCGGGAGGGGACCGGUGGCGAGAGCAAGAGCGACCUCGACAAGAGCCCGUGA